AUGCCCUCGCAUCAGCUGGAUGUCUUCGUUCGAGCUCUGUCGCGUCUUUUAGGUUGGGUAUAUGUGGGCUGCUGGUCAGCGUCCUUCUAUCCACAACCCAUCUCUAAUGUGCAGCGGGGCUCCACGGCAGGCCUAUCGAUCGACUUUCCAACAAUCAACACUUUGGGAUUUCUCUGCUAUACUAUAUACACGGCAGCAUUUCUCUACUCGCCUGUAAUUCGCUCACAAUACGCAGCUAGACAUCCGCUUUCAGAAGAGCCAACAGUCCGCUUCAACGACCUAGCGUUCGCAGUCCAUGCCGUGAUCCUAAGUUUGAUCACUUAUUCGCAAUUCUGGCCAAUGAUCUGGGGUUUACAAGUGUCUCGCUUCCAAAGGAUCAGCAAACCUAUUGCAGGUCUAUUUUGGGGAUCGAUCCUGGCACCGUUAAUCGUGAUAUGGGUGGUUUUGUCUCUAAGCCCGGACGGGGGCUACGAUCCUUCAACCUGGGCGUGGAUCGACGUGGAACAUUCCUUGGUUCGUCAGAUUUAUGCCUUUUCGUACAUCAAGGUCGUCAUUACCAUUUUCAAAUACGUGCCCCAGGCAUGGUUGAACUAUAAGCGAAAGUCGACUUCUGGUUGGAAUAUCCUUCAGAUUCUAUUAGAUCUGAGUGGAGGUGUACUGUCGUUACUGCAGUUAAUCCUUGACUCGAGUCUACAGAACGACUGGAGUGGUAUUACCGGCAAUCCGGUUAAGCUUUUCCUGGGGAACAUCACGAUUAUUUCCGAUAUGAUCUUUGUGGUUCAGCACUAUAUUCUAUAUCGGGAAGCGAAGUCCAAGCCACCGGUAUUGUCGGGUCGACGUGCGCAUUCGGACACGGACUUCACGACCCCGUUGCUGACAGACGAAAGCUCUCCGGCACCUACCAGGUAG